AUGAAGGAGUAUGUGGCCUGCCGUCGUUCAUUCUGCGUCUAUUGCAACGGAUCCCAUAUGAAAUCCGAAGUUGAGCGGCGCAAGGUUCGUGCCUCUUGUGCACAACAUGUCACCAACGUCCUCUGCGACAUGCUAAGGGUGAUAAUCGCAAUUUCCCGCAUUUGGGGCGCUACAUCCAUUGCAGACGACUUUGGCGCAAUCAGUUACUGGUCACACUGGCAUGCGAACAAGGCAUUCAGUGCCGCUGCUGAGCUGCCGUGGAAGCAGCAGCAGCGACAGCACGAGCACCUGCUCAAAAACAGUGAGCAAUACAGCAGCUGA